AACGAUGAAGAGGCUUGCAUUGCAGCAAGAGAAGCGGCAACAACCCGAGCAUCGCCACCGCCGCCACAGCCGAGGGUGCCUCUUUUUGCUACAUUCUGCCGGUCUCCCACGCCACAAAUAGCCGAAGGAAGGGUGGGCACCGCGGGCCAGUUGGGAGGCGGACCGAUCUCGGGGUGCCACCCGCGGCGCGAACACCACCCAGUUGCCAGAGAGAGCACCGCGGGUCGGUUUUCGAACCCCCCUCCCGCCGCCGGAGGGCGUGCCAGCGAGGGUGGGCCGGGGGGCGCGGCCUGGAGGGGCCCCUGUCGACACCUCGGCAAGCAGGCGCCAGACAAUGGAACUUGUCGACACGGGACGGUCAUCGCACAACACGUUCAGCAUCGCCGCCCUGAUGGCGAAUGAGCCGCCGGUCGUUCAGGCUUACCUGCAGCAGCACCACCAGCAGCACCAGCAGCCGGGCUCCUCGCCGGUCGACGGAGACGCGCCGCCGGCCGGAAGAACUGCGUACCAGGCGGCCGCCGCCGGCGACUGCUGCCUGGCGGCGACCGACUGGGCCAGCACUCCCAGCUACGUCGCCAGCACGCCGGUGAAAGACAUGGAAGCCUGCCUGCUGACGAGCACGAAGGACCGACCCAGCCUGGCCGAGGCGUACCGGAGCUCGACCGAGUUCCCGGACGCCUGCAAGGGCUCCUCCGAUGGCCGAGUCGGGUCUCCGUGCCUCGAAGGCGCCUCGUCGGGUGGCGGCCGCUGCUCGUCGGCGGACGACAGCGGCGGUGGGUCUUGUUCGCCCGCGCUGUCGCAGUCCGGCGGUUGUGGCGAGGACGAGCGCAAGCCCUUGCACCCGAAGCUGGUCGGAGUGAGUGCCUCGCUAGAGAUGAAGGCCCUGUGGGACGAGUUCAACGCCCUGGGCACCGAGAUGAUCGUCACCAAGGCCGGAAGGCGCAUGUUCCCCACGCUGCAAGUGAAGCUGUACGGGCUGGACCCGCACGCGGACUACAUGCUGAUGAUGGACUUCGUACCCGUGGACAACAAGCGGUACCGAUACGCCUUCCACAGCUCGAGCUGGAUGGUUGCCGGCAAGGCGGACCCCAACAUGCCUCCGCGCAUUCACGUGCACCCGGAGUCUCCGUGCAAGGGUGCCCAAUGGACCAAGCAGGUGGUCUCCUUCGACAAGCUCAAGCUCACAAACAAUCAGCUCGACGACAAUGGACACAUCAUUCUGAACUCGAUGCACCGGUACCAGCCCCGAUGUCACGUGGUGUACGUCAACCGCAAAGGGGAGGACACGUCCAAAACGGAGAACUUCCGCACUUUCAUCUUCCCCGAGACCAAGUUCACCGCCGUCACCGCCUACCAGAACCACAGGAUAACGCAGCUGAAGAUUGCCAGCAAUCCUUUCGCCAAAGGAUUCAGAGACUGUGACGCAGAAGACUGGAGCGUCCCUCCUGGCGUGGCUGAGAUGCUGGGUCACCACCACCUCCCUCCGGUCAAGAUGCCCAAGGUUCACCCACGGCAGUCCAUCCAACAGCUCCUGCACGGUGUCGGUCACGGUGGAGCCUACACGAAGACCGAGAAAGAUGAAGACGUGGAGCAAAUGAGCAACAGCGCGCUUUUCUCUCGCGUGCUGGGGGCCGCCGGCCCUGUGUCGUCGUCGUCAGCUGGACCGGCGAGCUGCGCCGUGGGCCAGCCGUAUCCGACCGAGCUGUGCGGCUACUCGCCCGCCUACGACAACUACGUGUACCAGAUGAAGAUGGAGUCGCGCACGUCGCCCUACGGCCGACCAACCGCUCCUCCGCCUCCGCCGACUCCGGCCACAGCCGCAGCCGUAGCCGCAGCCGCUGCGGCGGCGGCCUCUUAUCCCGGAUACCACCACCCUGCGGCUCCGGCCGGGGCUCAGGCUUACGGCGCCCUCUACCAGCCCCGAGUGAAGCAGACGACGGGAUACGACUAUUCGACGCGGUGACGACGACCCGCAGGAGGCUCCGAAACGAAAAACGAGAAUGGAGCGUUCGUUUCGAGAAUGAUUAAGAACGCGCCGAGUCCGUCCAGAGUUUGUAUGACCAACGUGACAGAAGGGACGAGAGGCACAAUGUACAGAUAUUUUUUCAGAACGUUGAGAAUGUACGUUUGUUAUUACUGUGUUGGUCGACACAUGCUGGGCGGCGUUCAGAGCGUAGAAGAGAUCCCGAGAACAUUUUUUAGCGCUAGCUAUUUUUUUUUUCUGUUCGUAAAGACGACAUAACCGACGUUGCUAAUCAGCGAUAAGAACACAGAAUACAGGAAAACGUAUCAGAUAUUGCGCUUUCUAGCCUUUCCUGCAGAGUGUUUUCGGUUUACUCUGUGGCAUCCCAAAUCUCGACUGAGACAUGUGCGCAAAAUGGAAGGCUGUACGAUUUUAAUUACGUGGUUAAAUUAACAGAGCGAAGUCAGAACUAGUACAAAUAUGCGCCUUGCUUAAUUACGCGGCCUUAGUAAAGAAUCAGAACCUCACCGCGCACUUCCUAAUGCUAUCUAGGCCACACGGCGUGUAUUUCCGACCAAGCAACUGGACCUGUGGAUACUUAUCUACGCUUAUCGUAACAUUACGGUCUUGUGACGUCACACUACAGCCGAGUGCGCUAAAUUCGUCGCUUUCGGAAACCGAAACCACAUUGUAAGGAUGUUCGAAAGAUUCGUCAUUCAACGAGUUAAUGUUAACUGGUCACUUCCGCGUUCAUGUACAGCGACUGCAUGAGAAAAGAAAGCACAGAAAUAACUGUAUCAAAAACCAACUUCUAUCUUACAAGCCAGUGUGUACUUGGCGCUCAUCACGCGCAUUCUCACUGCGAUGCCAACUUCUGUUGUAGUACACACCGAUGAAAAUGCGUGUGUUACAGCGCCUGCAUGAAUUUAGGUCGCGGCAACCUUUGAAAACCGUACCAACUGUUUUGUGAUAGCUAGUCGACUGGUGCACGACCUUUCAUACUUGAUGCUAUACAAACUUCACCGCGGUGCCGCUGUGCCUGUCAGCCUCCCAUACGUCUGUUUUAUGUGCAAUUGCAUAGUGCAAUAGAACAACUAGCCUUCACACUACGAUGAAUAUAUAUCAGUGGUCCACGCCUUUGUUACGGCCAUUUGGACGAAAGUGCAAUAAUAUAUCAAAUGUAGUGAAGGUGUAUUCUAUGUUCACACGUUGGUGCCUUAAUUUCAUGUUCGUUUGUCUGCCCUGAGGCAAAGAAUGCUGGGUAAUACAGCAUACUUACUUGCAGACUAGCAGCCACCACGUAUUUGUGCCUUAUCAGUCGGUACCGUGCCUUCGUUGCCCCUUACGCAACAAUUUGUACUGGUUUACACUGUACACCAUCAAUGGCGUGAAUCUCUGGGGUGCACGUGUUGUUACGAAGAUGUGUACCGGUUCUCGCUUACGUCGCCGUAACAUUAUUGUGAUUGUACAGACUUGAAAUGCAAAAGUAAAGUGUAUAUUGCGUAAA